AAAGUACACAUGUAUAACAAUGCAUAUUAGUUACAAUAUAAUCUGGGUAUCCAUUAUUUCUGGUCAGUCAUAUUUCAUGUACCGGUAACAAUGACAUAAAAAUGCCCAUAAUGAUAAUUUCAAUAAGGUGAUUCAGGCAGGGAAAUCUGGUUGUGAUAAUUGUCAGUUUGGGCGGCCAGCUGAUCGUCAAUUUCCAGGCUUUAGCUGGUAUUGAUUUUUCCGUCUCCGUAUGCGAUGCCACUACAGUCAGAGCCAGUCUCUCACUCUGUGUUGGCCUCUCGCUGGUGACGUAAGGGAUACAGCAGCUUCUCUUUCAGCCAUCAUGCUCUCCUUAUUCAGUGACACAUCAACCAUGUUCCUGAACACCCUGACCCCCAAGUUCUAUGUAGCACUGACGGGGACAUCCUCCCUUAUAUCGGGCCUUAUUCUGAUAUUUGAGUGGUGGUAUUUCAAGAAAUAUGGCACCUCCUUCAUUGAACAGGUGUCCCUGAAUCACAUAUCCCCCUUGCUGGGUGGAAAUGACAACCCAAACCAAGAAAACAACAAUACGACUCCCUCCUCUUCUUCAUCAUCUUCAUCUUCAUCAAACUCCACACAUCAGCAAUCCAUGCCAGAAUGUAAGGUGUGGAGGAACCCCUUGAAUUUGUUACGGGGAUCUGAGUACCAGCGCUUUACGUGGGCCAAGGGGAAGGAGCCCCUCACCUAUUAUGACAUGAACCUGUCGGCCCAGGAUCAUCAGACUUUUUUCACCUGUGAGGCAGAUGCUGGGAAACCAGAAUAUGAAGUUAUGCAGAGGGCAUGGAGAGAAAGAAACCCUGCAUCCAGAAUAAAGGCAGCCAAGGAUGCCUUGGAGAAAAACCCAGACUGUCCCACAGCCAUGAUAUUAUUAGCAGAGGAAGACACAAGUUCCAUAGUUGAUGCGGAGAAAAUGUUUAAACAAGCGUAUAAAGCAGCAGAGGUGAACUAUAAGAAGUCCAUACAGACUCAACAUCAAAGCUCCACAAAUGAAGCCAUUCAUCGAAGAGAUGUAAAUGUUUUAGUUUAUGUCAAAAGACGAUUAGCCAUGUGUGCUAGAAAACUAGGUCGGACGAGAGAAGCUGUCAAAAUGAUGAGAGAGCUCAUGAAAGAAUUUCCCAUGCUCAACUUAUUCAAUAUACAUGAGAAUCUCAUAGACGCAUUAUUAGAAUUACAAGCAUAUGCUGAUGUUCAAGCAGUUUUAGCUAAAUAUGAUGAUAUAAGUUUGCCAAAGUCAGCAGCCAUUUGUUACACAGCAGCUUUACUCAAAGCGCGAGCGGUGGCAGACAAGUAUAUAUCUUGUUCCAGGUUCUCGCCGGACAUUGCCUCCAAGCGGGGCUUAAGUACGGCAGAAAUGACAGCAGUAGAAGCAAUACACAGAGCAGUGGAGUUCAAUCCCCACGUCCCAAAAUAUUUACUAGAGAUGAAGAGUUUAAUACUACCCCCUGAACACAUUUUAAAGCGAGGUGACAGUGAAGCAAUAGCCUAUGCGUUCUUUCAUCUGCAACACUGGAAGAGGGUGGAGGGUGCUCUCAAUCUCUUACACUGCACAUGGGAAGGAACUUUCAGAAUGAUCCCCUACCCACUGGAGAAGGGGCACCUGUUUUACCCUUACCCCACGUGUACAGAGAAUGCAGAUAGAGAAUUACUCCCUCCUUUUCAUGAUGUCUCAGUGUACCCAAAGAAAGAGUUACCAUUCUUUAUUCUGUUCACUGCUGGUCUCUGCUCCUUUACCGCCCUAUUGGCUCUUCUGACCCAUCAAUACCCCGAACCCAUGGGGGUCAUUGCUAAAACAGUCCUCACUUGGUUGUACAUGCCCAUCAGCUAUAUUUUGGAAAAACUGGAAGCCAUCUUGCCCUCAAAUCUCCUCCAUCAACUGUCCCGCAUCUAAUCACCAUGGCAACAUCCCAAUUUUAGGAUGUCUGUCAUGUUUUGAUGGGGUUGUUAAAAAAAAUUAUGUGAACUUUUUUUUUUAAAUUGGACAGUUUAUAUACAUGUAUAUAAAUAUGUUUGGUUGUUUAGGAACUGUAAAACAAUUGCCCUUUAUUCUGAUUUUUCUCCCCAGUUACUGUUGGGUUUUUACAAUAUUUUACAAUGGAAUGAUACUGAAUCAUGUGUCAAAUUGAUGGACAGUUGUUAUUUGAGCUAUAUAAGGGUAAUACGCUGGGUACUGUGGUGGAGCAUUUACAGUAUUUCUGAAAUAUCUCAUGAAUGUUUAUUCUGUUUUUGAAUCAGCAGCUUAUAAAGAUGAACUGAAUUACAAAAUAGGGUGGGAAUGAUGACUAACUGAUCUUCUCGGCCAUUUACAUGUACCCACCAAUUACUUUUGAAAGGGAAAACAGAGAGCACUAAGUAUAUAAAUCAAUGUCUGCCUUCUUAAUUCUAAAUGCCCCGAUCAUUAUUUCAAAAUUUCAGAUAAAAAAAACACAAUUACUGGUAAAGGCAAAAUUUGUAUUUAUUUUAAAACCAAUCAACCGCCAGCUGAAGGUCUAUUCUUUUGACCUUUUGACCUUGCUUGAAACAAAGCCCUCUCAGCUCUAUUACUAAAUCAAAAUGGCCAAUUUAAAAAAAACACAGUGGUAACUACAUUUGUACUAAGUCACUGGGUAUUGACUGGGUAUUGACAUAUCCCUUUACUCCCAUUCAGAUUACAUUGUUAUAACAAAUACGACAAUGUUUAAGGUAUUUUUUUACAAAUCUGCACUACAAUGAUUUAACCUAUUCACUGGAGGAUCUUAUGAUUUUAAUAUGGUAAUGGAAAGACAUACCAUAGGAGCAAGGGAGCUGUCAAAGUCAUCAGAUAUAAAGCUAGAGAGAGGUGAUAAACCCCGUACUGAUCUGUCCAAACAUUUGUGGAAUUCCGUCACACCAUAUUUGUGGUUUCUGGUGCAUUUCCACUACAUGUUGAAUGAAGAGGUAAUCUGUUUUUGUUACUGCAAAAGGGUACGUAAACAUUGUCAUUAUUGGAAGUUUUUGAAUCGCUGAUCUGGGCCAGUUUUUGUGUUUGGUGAGGUUUUAUAAGCAGAUUAGUGUCAAUUUGUUGCCUUAGGCUAAACAAUCAUCUUUUUUUUUUUUGGACAGACAAGUAUGAAUUUAUUUUUCUUUUUACCUGUGAAAAAACCCAUUCUGUUUUCUCUUUAGAAAAAAAACUGCAAUAUAAUUGUAUAUCAAGAGAAGUGUUCACAGCUUCAGGAAAAGUUAUCAUUACUUAACAAAAAACAGUUUAGGAAAUGUCUCAAAUCGAUGGAAAAAAUUCAGUGCUUUUCCACUUCAGUAUUAAAUCAAAGAUUAUUUUUGGUCCUCCUAUUUUUCAGUGCGAAUACAUUUUUACAGGCUAUUUAUGAGUAUUGAUAACAAAUGGCAUUGAUUGUCAUUUAUAAGGGUAACAGUUUUAAGGAGUUGGAGUAAAUUUGGGCAUUGUAUGUUUAAUAUUAGAAUACCGUCUUGCCCCAAGUCCCAAGAAAAGGACUAAGCGGGGAAAAUAAAGGAAUUGAAGCAGUAA